AUGGCGACUACGGUAUGCAAGUUGGAUGUCACUGUUGAUGCAAAUAACCCAAGACCUGCGGCUCUGGAGAUAAUGAAACAUGUCAGGCCUUACUGGAAGGGUGAAAAUGUACAGCUGAAAGUAUUUACUGGUGGUAACACAAACAAGAUCUUUGGCUGUUAUUUGGAUGAAAACGAACGACAAAUGGUACUCCUCCGAGUCUUUGGGAAAAAAAGUGAAAUAAUGAUUGAUAGAAAAAGGGAAAUUAGAAAUUUUCAAAUACUACACCGUGCGAAAUGUGGUGCUGAAUUAUAUUGUAUAUUUAACAAUGGUCUGUGUUAUCAGUUUAUACCGGGUAGUAUACUGGAUGCAGACUUAGUAAGGAAUGAUAAAGUUUAUCCGUUGAUAGCACACAAGAUGGCUAGAAUUCAUGCAAUAAAACCAGAAGAUGGCGAGACAGUUCCAGAACCAAGUACGUUCCAAAGUUUAAGAAGGUACCUUCAAAAUUUUCCCAGACAAUUUGAAGACCCAGAAAAGAAUGCCAGUUUUAAAAAAGAAAUAGUGUCUCAUGAACAGCUGGGUAAAGAGAUUGAUGAAUUGGAGGCUGCAUUAAAACCACUGAAUUCACCCAUGGUAUUCUGUCAUAAUGACCUCCUAUUGGCUAACAUUAUCUAUGAUGAACAGACCAAUAUGAUAUCAUUUAUAGAUUAUGAAUAUGGAGCAUUUAACUACCAAGCUUUUGACAUUGCUAAUCAUUUCAAUGAAUAUGCAGGAGUGUGGACUGCAUUAGAUUACAAUAGAUAUCCUGAAAAGGAAUAUCAGUUAAAAUGGCUGCAUAAAUAUCUCUCAGACUGGUACACAAUGAGAGGAAUUAAUAAAUAUGUCACUAAGAAAGACACUGAGAUAUUGUAUGUACAAGUCAACAAGUUUGCCUUGGUGUCUCAUCUAUCAUUGUCGAUGUGGGCGAUAAUUCAAGCAGCUCAUUCAGACAUAGAUUUUGACUUUCUACAAUAUGGUAUUUUACGUUUUUCUGAAUAUUUCAAAAGAAAAGAAGAGUUUCUUCCAUUGGAGAUGCCAAUAUGAUUCAGUAUAACUGGUACAUCAGUUGCCAGUCUAAGUUUAUAUAUGCAUUUCUAUUGUAGUGCUUUUAAUACAUAUUCCCUUCUCUUAUAAUGCUACUUUUUAUAUUAUAUUCUGACGACUGCUUUUAAGCCAACAUUCUUGCCUGUUUUUUGUAAUGUUCUUUUUUACUUGUUUAUGUGAGAUCUUAUUCCCUAGAUAAAAAUGAUAUGUCAGCUAAAAUUCUCUCAGUCGCC